AUGGAGUUCGAGGACCUGAGCGAUAAUGUAAAGAGUUUGGCUCGCGAGGCGCUCAACGGCCGGCAGAUCAGAUAUGUCAUCAAGACUGCCAGGCAUCUCGCUGCUUUCCGGAAGCAGAAGUUCGGCAGCCAACACUUGGAAUGCGCCAGUGAGGUUGUUGAGGAGUUCGAGAAAUACCUUGUCGAUACAUGA